UAUACUUUCUUCUGCUUUCUCUCUCUAGACGUGUUUCUCUAUGUCUUCCUCCAUUGUCAUUACCUCUAAACUCUCCACAAUCGGAGGAAGACGAUUCGUGGGAGAAAGAGAAACGAUGGGAUUUCCCGUCGGAAAAUCUCUAGAGUGAGAAGAAUUAUGGCGUGUCUUAAUGCUUAAUACUCACGGACGCAGCCAUUGUUCGUCAUCAUCUCCAUGGAUUUUGAUUCCAGUGUUCCCAUUUCUCGGGAAAGCACUUCUCUUUCCCCGUUGCUUAACCAAAAUGCAAUGUGGCGAAUGAACUUGGGAUCAGAUGAUGCAAUGGGUCUUGAUGGGUCUUAUCCGGAACGUCACGGAGAGCCAGAUUGUGCUUAUUACAUAAGGACUGGACUUUGUAGGUUUGGUUUUACUUGUCGAUUCAAUCAUCCCCACGACCGGAAACUGGUUAUAGCAACAGCAAGGAUUAAAGGAGAAUACCCUGAAAGAAUUGGUCAGCCUGAAUGUGAGUUUUACCUGAAGACAGGAACCUGCAAAUUCGGAGUGACUUGCAAGUUUCAUCAUCCUAGGAACAAAGCUGGGAAUGAUGGAAGAGUAUCAGUUAAUGUCUUAGGCUAUCCUCUACGUCCGAACGAAGAUGAUUGCUCUUACUUUUUGAGAACUGGACACUGCAAAUUUGGGGGGACUUGUAAAUUCAAUCACCCUCAGACUCAAUCAACCAACUUGAUGGUUUCUCUUCGUGGCUCUCCGGUUUACUCUGCUCUUCAACCUCCAACUGAUGGUCAACAGUCUUAUUCUUGGCCGAGAACAUCUUUUGUUGCAAACCCUCCUCGUUGGCAAGAUCCUUCUAGUUUCGCCUCUUUGAUUCUGCCUCAAGGUGGUGUUGUAUCCGUUCAGGGGUGGAAUGCUUACGGCCUCGGUUCACUUUCUCCCUCGGGAAGUGACCAGAACUACAGAAAUCAACAGCAUAAUGACGCUAAAGAGUCUUCAGGAUCUCAAGGAGGUCUCUUCUCAUCCGGGUUUCAUUCAGGAAACUCUGUUCCGCUCGGGUUCUAUGCAUUACCUAGAGAGAAUGUAUUCCCGGAAAGACCAGGCCAACCUGAAUGCCAAUUCUACAUGAAGACAGGAGAUUGCAAAUUUGGAACAGUCUGCAAAUUUCAUCAUCCUAGAGACAGACAAACCCCUGCUCCUGAUUGUGCCUUAAGCUCUGUUGGCCUCCCUUUACGCCAGGGAGAGCCACUGUGCGUGUUCUAUUCGCGGUAUGGGAUCUGCAAGUUUGGUCCAAGCUGUAAAUUUGAUCACCCGAUGCGAGUCUUCACUUACAACAACAAUGAUGCAUCUCCUUCUCCUUCAUCAUCUUUGCAUCAAGAGACUGCCAUCACCACACAGCUCAGGAAUCUCCUAGUCUCUUCUUCAGUGGAAGCAACACCCACAACACUCCCUUCUUCUGUCUCUGAAACAACCUCUGCUAAAGACACCAUUGUUGAUGCACAACACUGAAACCAGUUUGUUUUGUCUGUCUUGAACAACAUUUAACAUUUGUUUUGUUUUAUCUCGUAAACAUUUAUGUACAGAGAUGAGAAAUUAACUUCUGAUCUGAUUCGCCUUUUGUUGUAAUUUUCUAUUGGCGAAUCAAUUGAAAAUUAAUGCCGAGAGACAAAGGAAAAAAACAUUUAUCCUAAUCUAUAUGGAUUCAAGGAAAAAGGAAAGUGUUGAGAUUUCCUUUUCCUUAGAAGGUUUUCGUA